UGCAACCAGGAAGUUGUUUGACGAAUUCAAAAAGGAGGCCAAGUCAGUUUCAGAGUUAAAUUUUUGGGAAGAUAUCGAACAUAUGAGAGGAGAAUACCACUAUCCAGAGGAAGAAUGUUUUCUCCGUGAAGAUAUAGAUGAAGUCAAGGAAGAUGAAACCAGUAACGGACAAGAUGACAUCGGUAAUCAACUAUUUGAUGAAUCCAGUAAUGACCUAAAUGAAACCGGGAAUGAACCAGAUGAAAACAGGAAUGAAAGUGACGAGAAUUCACAGAUACAGAACAAACAAGCCCUGACAAGCAAAGAAGCAAAGAAGCAAGACUUUAAACAGAAUGCUGUUGGUCCUUCCUCUAUGGCGCACAUUCACCAAACGGAAGAACCUACAUGGAUAGUUAUAUCUUUUAAGAAAGAGAUUGUACUUGAUGUACCUGACAAGAGCGAAAGGAAAGUGAUGAAAAAGGAAGAAAAGAAGAAGGGAACUGGAACAAAUAACUUAUUCAAAGAUGCUAGAAAAAGAAGCCAGACGGAGGAUAAUCAAGCUAAAAAGAAACAAACAACAGAUGGACUACAUAUGGCGAAGAAACCAACUUUCCGAGAUUUCAUCGGAUCGCUGUUUUCUUGUUUCCGAAAACCUAAAAAAGUAGAGGCACUGUGAUUAGACAAUUUAUUUAUUUAAAGUGGUCGUUUACUUUCUG